AAUUGCUGCAAUUUUUUUAACCCUAAAUCCAUUGCUCCAGGCAGUGUUCAGAGAAAAUAUGAGAAUCGCCAAUCUGCAAGCGAUAGAGGGGUUUCCUCAGCGGACAAGAGGAUGAGAGGCGCGCCGGUUUUACUCGGCGACAAGAGGAAUCGCCGAUCUGCAAGCGACACUUCUGAUGGCGGCCAAGGAGAGAUCGAGGCAGAUUCAAAGCCGGUAGGGAUCUUAGAAGAGGGCGUCGCUGCAAUCUCAGAGAAAAUUGGAAUUUCCUCCACGUUAUCGACUCAGCAGGCCAACUACAGAGAAGCAACUGACAAACUGAAGGUUCAAGUGUUCAACGACGGGAAAAAUCGACCUUUUCUCUGGUCCAAGUUGAGCGACGGACUCCGAAACAGAGCGUAAGGCUUUCUUCUCCACGUUAUCAUUUAGGUUAACUUAAAACUUAAGACGGCUUCAUCUCAGGUUUCACGCUCAUGACCAGGCUUGUGCUUCCGAAAUCCAUUUUUGGACUCCGAAUCAGCGGCUCUAGAGAUCCAAUCAGCCACAGGGGACAUAGCUUUACUCAGUGGUGGACAAUACGCAUUGGAAUCUUCAUAUACGAAUGUAAAAUACUUCCACCAAAUGGAGCGGGCGGAGCCCAUGCCAGUCGAGCUAAAGAGGAUGAGAAUGGGAAGGAAGAGGCGAUAAGCUCCUCUGCAGAUCCUUUUGUUCCAUCCAAGUCUCCCUCUCCUCCGCCUAUUUCCACUCCAGCUGCUUGAUUAGCUACAACUGCUUAAUCAUUAACUCCUUGACAUGAAGAAGUAAGGCAGAAUUUGGGUUUAGCCCCUGUAUUCAAAGGUUAUAAGUUGAAUAUAUAAAGAGCAAGAUGAUGAGGUUGAGGAAGAAGAAUCUCUCUAAAUUAAUGUUUUCUUGAAGCUAGCUUUUGGAUCUAUCUUGUUAAAUCAUAAUGUUUUAGUAACUCUUGUUAGUUCCAGUUUACAUAUUAUUCAUGGGGAUAUUGUAGAUUAGAUUAAACAAAUUAUUUAAGUAGUUACUACAUUCACUUAUUAAAAGAAAAUUUAUUUUGAUAUUGUGUGAUGUAAUUUAAAGGAUGUGUUGCUUUUGUGAGUUAUUUAUAAUAAACUUUAGUGUAUAUUGACAUUUAAAGAAGUAUAUGAAAUUUGGCAUAAAAUAAAAUUGUUGCCACAUAAUGUAUGUUGUC